GUGGUAGCAAGAAGCCAGUGGAGGAGCAUAAUUAAGGUCGAGAAGAAAAGAGAAGUGGGCGCGCGCAAGUUGUUAGGCCGAAGAGCUGGUGGCUAUGGAACACGGGCUUGAUGAUUACACACAAGAUGGGACCGUGGAUCUCAAGGGAAAGCCUGUCCUUAGAUCAAAGAGAGGUGGAUUGAAAGCUUGCUCCUUUGUUGUUGUGUAUGAGGUUUUCGAACGAAUGGCAUACUAUGGGAUAUCAAGCAAUCUUGUAGUGUACUUGACAAAAAAGCUCCAUCAAGGCACAGUGAAAUCAUCCAAUAAUGUAACAAAUUGGGUCGGCACCAUUUGGUUGACUCCUAUCUUGGGUGCCUAUGUUGCUGAUGCACAUCUUGGCCGUUACUGGACCUUUGUCGUUGCAUCUGUCAUCUAUCUUUCGGGGAUGUCUCUACUAACACUAUCAGUUUCCCUUCCUGCACUAAGACCACCUAUCUGCAAGAAUGCCAAUGUGGAGAACUGUAAAGAGGCCUCCACAUUACAAUUAGCAGUGUUCUUCGGAGCCCUCUACACGCUAGCUAUUGGAACUGGGGGAACAAAGCCAAACAUCUCGACAAUCGGUGCUGACCAAUUUGAUGAUUUCCAUCCUAAGGAGAAGGCUUAUAAGCUAUCCUUCUUCAACUGGUGGAUGUUCAGCAUCUUCUUUGGAACGCUCUUUGCUAACACUAUACUUGUGUACAUACAAGACAAUGUGGGUUGGGCAUUGGGGUAUGGGCUUCCAACUCUUGGGCUUGUGAUAUCGGUUGCUAUAUUCUUAGCUGGCACACCAUUUUAUAGGCACAGGCAGCCAACAGGAAGCCCAUUUACAAGGAUGGCUAAGGUCAUAGUGGCAGCCCUGCGCAAAUGGAAGGUUUCAGUCCCUAAUGACCCUAAAGAACUCCAUGAGCUUGACUUGGAAGAAUAUGCAAAGGCCGGAAAGUUCAGGAUUGAUUCUACACCAACCUUAAGGUUCCUAAAUAAAGCUGCUGUGAAGACAGGUUCAACUGAUCCAUGGAUGCUUUGCUCAGUUACUCAAGUAGAGGAGACUAAACAGAUGUUGAGAAUGAUUCCGAUAUUGAUCUCCACAUUCGUCCCAAGCACAAUGAUUGCUCAGAUAAAUACUCUUUUUGUCAAGCAAGGCACCACUCUUGAUAGACAAAUUGGCAACUUCGAAGUCCCACCAGCAAGUUUAGCUGGAUUUGUGACUCUGUCAAUGCUUGUUUGUGUUGUGUUAUAUGACAGGUUCUUUGUUCGUAUUGUUCGUAGGUGGACAAAGAAUCCCAGAGGAAUCACUCUUCUUCAGAGAAUGGGAAUAGGCCUUGUUUUUCACAUCAUAAUCAUGAUAACUGCAUCAUUAAUUGAAAGACACAGAUUAAGUGUGGCCAGACAACACGGCUUAGUUGAAAAGGGAGGCCAAGUCCCUUUGACGAUAUUCAUUUUGCUUCCUCAAUUUGUGCUCAUGGGAGCGGCUGAUGCAUUUUUAGAGGUGGCCAAACUCGAGUUCUUCUAUGACCAGGCACCUGAAAGCAUGAAAAGCCUUGGCACUUCUUAUUCAACAACUAGUCUUGGCGUUGGAAACUUCAUUAGUAGUUUCCUUCUUUCCACAGUUUCUCAUAUCACCAAGAAGCAUGGUCACCGAGGGUGGAUUUUGAAUAACCUAAACGCUUCUCACCUGGACUAUUAUUAUGCCUUCUUCGCAAUACUAAACUUCCUGAACUUCAUUUUCUUCUUGGGUGUGAUUAGGUUUUAUGUUUAUAAGGCAGAAGUUUCUGAUUCAAUGGAAGUACUGGCUGAAGAAUUAAAGGCGAUGAGAUUGAGGGAACCUAACCAAGUUUCUGAACAUUAAUGAAACGUGCAGAAGAAAAGCCUGCAUAGAAAUCAAAGCUGAAAUCGGAGAUCAGCUUACAAGUUGACGACCAUUGUAUAGAAGCUCCCUCCCUCAAUAGCCUAUUUUGGAGGGGAACUACUUUUGGGAUAAGUGGUGGUUUAAUACCUGUAUGCUUCAUUUUCUUCACCUUUUGAGGGAGAAAUAAAACUGUCAUGUUUGCUAUUUAUUUACUGAAUGGAAAAGAAAUGGAUAUAGUUAAUGUU